GCUGAUGCCUUGGAGGGCUGCUGUAAGUGGCUGGGGGAGCCAAAAGGAAGAGGAGAAAUGUGGCAGUGCAGCUGUGCCAAACUGCUGGUGGCGGGAGCCAGGUGAAUGCAUCCUGCCUCGAUUGUGUAAAUUGGGGCAAAAACCACGUUUAUAAAUAGUAACUUGCAUUUAGGUUGUGUUCAGUCCCUGGCACCUCUGGGGCUCCAUUCCUGACCUUCGUGGCCACGUAUCUUUCGGAAAAAGGACCAAGGCUGCUCGAUAGGGCCGAGCCACCUGCUUUUCUUCCCGUCCCUCCUUCUCCAUCCCCUUUAAAACCAGCUCCGGGCGAGGGUUUGGACUCACAACAGGCCCAGCUCCAAGGUGACCACCACAAUGCUGCAGCUUGUGCUCCUCGCCACCCUCGCCCUCUGCGGAUGCCGCGCCGAGCCGGUGCCGGAGGGGUCGGAGCGGGUGGUCGGUGGGACCGAAGCACGCUCGCACGCCUGGCCCUCGCAGAUCUCCCUGCAGUAUUACUACAGCGGCAGCUGGCACCACACCUGCGGAGGGUCCCUGAUCCAGCAGAAGUGGGUGAUGACGGCGGCCCACUGCGUGGACAGCGACCUGACCUAUCGCGUUGUUGCCGGCGACCACAACAUCGACCAGAACGAGGGCACCGAGCAGAUCUUCAGCAUCAGCAAGAUCAUCGUCCAUCCCUACUGGAACAUCAACAACGUCGCUGCGGGGUACGACAUCGCCCUGCUCCGCCUGUCCAGCUCUGCCACCCUGAACAGCUACGUGCAGCUGGCGGUGCUGCCCCAGGAGGGCACCAUCCUGGCCAACAACUACCCCUGCUACAUCAGCGGCUGGGGACGCACCCGCACUAACGGGCAGCUGUCGAGCGUGCUGCUGCAGGCGUACCUGCCCGUCGUGGACUACCAGACCUGCUCCAGCUCAUCCUACUGGGGCUCCACCGUCAAGAACACCAUGGUCUGUGCUGGCGGGGACGGCGUGCGCUCUGGCUGCCAGGGUGAUUCGGGCGGCCCCCUGCACUGCGCGGUGAACGGGCAGUACCAGGUCCACGGCAUCACCAGCUUCGUCUCCAGCUUGGGCUGCAAUGUCAAGAGCAAGCCCACUGUCUUCACACGCGUCUCUGCCUACAGGACCUGGAUAUCCAACGUAAGAGCAGAGCACUCACAAAUUCGUUGCACGUUACGCUGCCUCUGCUGGCACAGUGGGGCGAGCAGGGAGGCUUGAAGCACCCGCUUGGGCGAUGCUAGCGAGGCAAUGGGAGAAAAAGUGGAUUUGG